CACUCCCUCCAACUGCCACAAAUAGCAAAGGGCAUAGAUGACCCCAGGAGAGCCCUCAGGAGAGGCCGGCUCCACCAGCAGCCCCACACAUGGCACUCCUGGGUCCCCCCUGGGCAGCGUGGCUAACAGCGUGUCUAAGGACAGCCCAGCAGGAGGGCCCCAAGGUCAGGUCCCACUCACAACAGAUGUCUUGGCGGUGAGCAGCUCUGCCGCAUCCACCGACCGGCAGGAUAUAGAUCAGGCCUCCUUCAAGACGGCCACCCCCGAGGCCAUGUCAACAUCUGGAGACAAAGACAAGGGUGCAGUUGUUCCAGAACAUGGCCAGAAGACGCCUAGAAAAAUCACACCUCUGCUUCCCAGCCAAAACCCAAGUCCCCUGCAAACAUCUAUGAGCCUUCAGAAUCCAACGUGGGACAGGCAGGUUCAAGACGCAAGGACAAGUCAGAGUCUAGCGGUUUUCCCAAGUCACCUCCUGGGUAAGGACAAGACGUCACAAAUGGCGAACGUUCCUGAGAGAGAGCUGGAGUCAGCCCCCUCUGCCCCCAGUGCUGAGCUACAGCUCACCCAGCACAUGGAGGCUCAGCCCGUCGGGAGUGAUGCUGACCACGUCACCGCAGGUGUCAAUGGCCAGCAUGGCCCUCAGGCUGCCAGCACCACCAAGGCUGCUGAGGAGAAAGCUGAGCAUCCAAAGGCCCCACACCCUGAAGCUGAAGCUUUGCCAUCUGAUGAGUCCCCAAUGGCAAUGGGGGCACAUGCGGUGGAUGGCUUAGGAGACCUGCAGGCUUGGUUCUUCCCUCCACCUCCAGCAGGCAGUGUGUCCCUGUCGCCUGGGCCCCACGAGGUGGCCCUGGGGAGGAGGCCCCUGGACCCCAGCCUGUACAUGGCCAGUGAGGAGAAUGGCUACAUGUGCUCCAUGACCAGCCUGCUGGGCAGGGGCGAGGGCUCCAUCAGCUCCCUGGCAGACAUCCUGGUGUGGUCUGAGACCACCAUGGGCAUGGCCAUAGCCACAGGCUUCCUGGACUCCGGCCACAGCACCGUGGCAGAUCUGCUGCACAGCUCGGGGCCCAGAUUGCGCUCGGUCUCCAGCCUGCUGGGAAGCGUCAGCUCAGCCUUCUCCUCCGGGGUGAUGUCAGGGACUGGCUCAGCCCUGCGCACCCUCACCCAUGUGCUGGAGACAGUGGAGCAGAGGACCGUGGAGGGCAUCCGCUCGGCCGUGCGCUACCUGACCAGCCACCUCACCCCACGCCGGUUCCAGGCUGACCCCAACUAUGAUUAGAUCCCUGCACAGGGACCCCCGAAGUCCUGGCUCAGUGGCCUCCAGAGAUCCCUGGGACCCUCACGCCCUGCUCCCUUGCCCAUUCUUGCUCUGGACGGUUCCCCCAGCCCAUGCAAUAAAUCACCAGCGAGCGUUUAUUUCUAA